AUGGAUUUACCUACCAUUGAUGUGGACCUUGGACCUAACAAGAUUCCAGAUGAAAAACAAGAAGGUCCUUUGUUUCAUUGUGAUCUUUGUGAUACUGAAGUUGUUCACAAAUUGGCUCAAAUGUUCCUUCCAGGAUUAGCUUCUGCUUGUGUUGAUAACACAACAGGAGGUAUUUUCAAGACUCCUGGUUCCGUUACCGUUGAUUUGAGAAAGGAAAUGAUUGAAUAUCUUACCUUACGAAGUGAAUCUUUUGUUGCUGAGUCUGUUAUCUUGCAAGAUGGACCAGACGGUGAAGUUUCUGAUCAUCCUUUCGAUAUUAUUUCCAAUUUCGUUGAUGAUUUCGCGAGUUCCAAGAGGAAUUUCUUUAGCCGUGUUUCGGCGUGGCUUUUGAGUGAAAAGAGAGAGGAUAAAAUCGAUGAUUUUAUUCAGGAGAUUGAUAUGAAUGGUUUUUGGACUCUUGAUAGAAGAGAAGUGAUUGCUGAAACGUUGCUUAAGAAUGUUGAUUUUAAGAAUUUAUAUCAUUGCACGGAGAGUUUUAAUUCUUCUCAAGAGCUUGGCAAUCAUGUUCUUGCUUGCGAUUUUAGACCUCUGAUCUGCCAGAAUCAGGGAUGCAAUGCUAGGUUUUGUGCAGGUCAUUUUAAGAAGCAUGAUUCAACUUGUCCUUUCAAGAUAAUUCAGUGUGAACAGAGGUGUUCGAGUAGCAUUAUGAGACGGGAUAUGGACAGGCAUUGUAUAACUGCUUGUCCGAUGAAGCUUGUGAAUUGUCCUUUUUACGCAAUCGGUUGUCGGUCUGCUGUCGCACAGUGUAUGAUUGAAAAACAUUGUUCUGAUGACUUUCAAUCUCACUUGUGGCACUUGCUUAAAGGCACCUACAAGGAAGUGUCUGGGGACGAUCUUCAACGACGAGUGGUGCAAAUUGUGCAGGCAUCACCAAACAGCAAAUUAUCAAGGGCUCGAGAUGUUAGAUCUUUGACCUUCAUCGUCAAGAAUAUCGAAGCUACACUAGGGCCUAUGGAGAUUACUGUUGAGCAGAAAAACAGUGAAGAGACUAUUACGAAGAAAGAUGAUAGUGAUGACACCGAUACAAAUAAUGACAGUGAGCAGAACACGCAAACAUCAAAUAUGGUUACUUCAUCAGAUAAAGCCGUAACAAGUGGCAUAACUAUGCAUACUGGCAAGAGUGAAGAAAGUGAAAAUAUUCGCACUGAAAUUGAGGGCAGUGAAGAGAGGACACAGACUUCAAAUAUCACAAAGCAACCCGGUGAAGCUGAAACUGUCCAUGUGAAUGACGGCACUACGCAGAAUUACAAGGAGAACAAUGAUGUUGCCGCUAGUGAACUCAAACUCAAGGACAACACAGAGAAUGCACACACAAAUAUUGAAAAAUUGGCAGAAGAAGUCGGUGCUACAAAUGAGGACUAUGUACACAAUAAUAAUAGCAUACAAAAUGGAGAUAUUGAAGAUGAUAACUUUGAAGAUAAUGAUAAUGUACAGAGCAUACAGAAUUCAAAUAUGGAAACAGCGGGUAGUGCCAAAAAUAAUGUGAAGAACACAGAUAAUGUACAGAGCAUACAUAAUUCAAAUAUGGAUACAGCAGGUAGUGCAGAAAAUAAUGUGAAGAACAAGGAUACAGAAGAUGAUAACUCAAAAUAG